AGGUUUUAAACGGAAAGGCCGAAGGGAGGGAGACGGAAGGCUCAUCAUUCGAUUCUUCACCUCUGCUGGUUGUUUGUUGCUAUUACUACUUUUAGUUUUAUCCAUUGUCUGUAAUCCCUAAUCCAUGGCCUGGCCUUGACUGGGGACUGGACUGAACUUAGUCGCUCACUUUGUUGGAUAUCCGGUAGAUAAAUAAUCAAUGGCGGCCACUGCAAUUGCAAAUGCAAAGCACAUGAUGCUGAUGAUGUUGUCUGCUUCCAUUUCUCUUCCUCUAUCCUCACGCUCUACAUCGUUAUCAGCAAAGCGUCUCCUUUACAAUCAAUACCCCACAAGAUCGCAGACCCUCGUAAGAUCCGCUUGUACUAGUAUCACCACCGAUACAAGCAAGAAGAAGAAGAAAGAAAAGGGGCUAGCCAAAGAAAAGAGAAGAACCCGUUCGCUCAGGGGUGGGGAUGUUCACAUUUUAAAGGAGGAGGACGAUGAUUCUUCUUCUUCUUCUACAAUAAUGAUGCAGCAGUCCCAUAUCCCCGUUAUGUUGGGUGAAGUGCUUGAUGUCUUCUCUUCAAAUUUAAAGCCUCUGUCUUCUUUUGUCGAUUGUACUCUUGGAGCUGCUGGUCAUGCUUCUGCGGUCUCUUUCUUUCUUUUAGUAGUAGCUGUACUCUGUGUGUUUAUGAAUAUGAUAUUCUAUACAACGGUGGAAUUGUCUUGUAUUACUGAAAAUGGUUGUGCUUGUGGUUGUUGUUGUUCCCAGAUAAUCCAGUCCCACCCUGAACUCAAGCUUUUCAUUGGAAUGGAUGUGGAUCCACUUGCACUCCGUAUGGCUCGUUCUCGCAUCAAUGCUGCUAUUUCCCAUUCUCACCCUCAUCCUAACUUCCAAGCUCUCACUUUUGUCAAAAAUUUCAGACACAUUAGAUCCCUUCUCACCCAGGUUGACCACAUCUCUUCCGGAGUCGAUGGCAUCUUAAUGGACUUAGGAAUGUCAUCCAUGCAGGUCAACAAUCCUGCCCGAGGCUUCAGUGUGCUUGCUAAUGGACCCCUUGAUAUGCGCAUGGAUCCUCAGGCUAGUCUGAAAGCGGAAGAUAUAUUAAAUUCUUGGCCAGAUAGUGAAGUGGGUAGAAUCCUCCGGGAUUAUGGAGAAGAAAGGAAUUGGCGAUUGCUACAAAACAAGAUUGCUCAAGCUCGUCUUCAAGGUGGAUUGCAUUCCACUGGUGAAUUGGUUGAUGUUAUUCGGAGUACCACUCCUGGGACAAAAGGAGGUAGGCAAGGUUGGAUAAAGACUGCAACAAGAGUGUUUCAGGCUCUUAGAAUCGCUGUCAAUGAUGAACUCAAGACGCUGGAGGAUUCCCUGCACGCUUGUUUUGAUUGUCUUGCUCCUGAGGGUAGGCUUGCUGUCAUUUCUUUCCAUAGUUUAGAGGACAGAAUUGUGAAACAAGUAUUCCUUAAGAUCAUCGGUGAAGAAGGGAGGGAUUCCGUAAGGAAGAUCAAAGGCGGGGAGGAUGAAAAGGAAUUAUGGAUUAGACAGACGAUACAAGGUUGUAAUGGAACAAUACUUACCAAGAGGCCAAUAACACCAUCUGAAAAGGAAGAAGGUUUCAACCGUCGCAGCAGAAGUGCUAAGCUAAGGGUAAUUCAGAAGUUGUAGCUAUUUAGGUAACAGCUUAGGGAAGUUAUUCAUAGAUACACAACAAAUGCAUUAACAUCUCAUGUAGCUAUUUAGGUCCUUUCGACAUGUAAGCCUCUAAGUUAUACUGAACAUUUUUAUGUCAUUGGAAAAACCAAUUAAUCCUGGGUGAUUUGCCUGUGAGCAUACAAGUGAAGAAUGCCUACAAAUUUGAACAGAUUGCCUUAUGAGAA